ACCGACGGUCUGGCAACACCGCCAGCAGGCGAAUUAUUUAUCUCCACAAUUUACCCACAAAAACAAGAGGCAACCAAAAGGCAUACCGCAGAUAAGGAGCUCCAUUUGCAUUUCCCAAACAUCCGAGAUGUCGACGACGGCGCGACCUCCUUCUCUGCGCCUGGGGCAGCAGGACCUCAAGUGCCGCACGGGAUGCGGAUUCUACGGAACUCCCCAGAACGACGGACUCUGUUCGAUGUGUUUCCGCGAGAAGUUUAACGAUAAGCAACGGAAGUUAAAGCAGAAGGCAGGCGAAACGGGCCUCGGAUCCUCGUCUUCACAGUCCCAAUCCUUAGAGCGCAGGUCGCCACAACAUGGUCUUCAGACAAAAAUGGAGCAGCAGGUCAGAAAACAAGCGGACAAAGAUCAUGAUCAGUCGGGCACACUGCAAAAGAAGAAGUUCACCUCUGUCUUACAGAAGACCCUUCAAGCCGGAGCACAAAAAAUCACCCAACAGCGUGGUCAUGUGCCCGAUCCCACGGAAGGUCAGUUUCUGCUGCAGUUGCGCCAACUUAGAGUUCCCGACGAUGGCAAGCGCAAGCUCAAGCUCGAAAUCCAGCGUUUGGACAGCGAUAUUCGCAAGUACAUGAACGGAAACGGCAGCAAAAACAUCAACGAGCUGUCGGAUUUGGUGCAAAACGCCUAUACCAAGGUCUCAGACAUCGUGCACAAUGAUCCCAGCUUUGAGAUAGCCACCAACGAGGAUCGUGAUAGUGCCAUAGACUUCUUUGAGAAGGUGGUGAUGACGCAGAACCACAAGUUUCUCUUUAGUCCAUAUUUCACGACGGACGAGGACAGCGAUGUAAAAGUUCAGAAGCGAAUUCGCCAGUUGAGCUGGAUUACGGCCAAGCAUCUAGACUGCAGCAUCGAUGAGGUGAACUCGGAGGCCAGGGAUCUGGUUUACAAUGCCAUAUCCGAGCUGGUCGGAAUCGAUUCGUACUACUCACCGCAGGAGAAGCUUCAGUGCACAUGGCGCUGCUGCAGGCACAUCUUUGAGCUGUUAAAACGGGGAACUGGUGGACCUGCUAGCGCAGAUGACUUCCUGCCGGCCCUGAUAUUUGUCGUGCUGAAGGCCAAUCCUGUUCGGCUCCACAGCAACAUCAAUUUCGUAACACGUUUCACCAACGCAUCGCGCGUGAUGAGUGGCGAGAGUGGCUACUACUUCACCAACCUCUGUUCGGCCAUAGCCUUUAUCGAAAAUCUAAACGGCGAGAGUCUGGGCAUUAGCAGUGAGGAAUUCGAAGCUCUUAUGUCUGGACAACAGCCCUACAGUACGCCCUGGGAAAGUGCCCUGUUGGCCUGCGAAAGUCUUCAUUUGAUUUCCGAGAACAUGAAGCGGAUGGAGAUGCUGCAGAAAAGAAACGAGUUGAUAAGCUCAGGAAUAACCAAGUUUGAAAAGGAGUUGAUUGAUUUCCAAAGAGAAGUGACAGAUCGAGUGGAUACCGUGAUAGCCAAGGCGCCGCUUAACCUGCUGCCCAUCAAAACACCCGCUUUCCUAAUCGGACAAGCCAGAGCUCACCUACUGAACGAGAACGAAGCUGGACAUUAUCAGGCCAAUGUACUGAGCGCCGGUUCAUUGACUUCUCAGUCGCUGAUUGCAGCUAGUGGUUCAGCGAAGCCUGCAAUAGCAGCGGAGGACUCAGGACUAUCCCUGAAGGAUACUAGUAUGAGCUCAAUGGGUCGGCUUUCGCCACUGCAUCAGAAUAUUCAGCCAGCCGACAACCUGUUCGCUUCGCCCAUCUUCAAUUACACCGCCUUUGAUGCUGUGUCCCUGCUGGAGGAGCCUUCGUCCGAGGGUAAUACAGAUGUGCUUAUGCUGGGCUCUGAGUUCCAAGGAGGCCUGACCAACAUCAACUACGACUUCGAUUUAUCGGAUCAGAGUGGUGAAAACAGCACUGCAGAUGAGUCCAAGCUGAAUCUCGACGAAUUUGACCCACUGGUGCAGGGAAGGUCAGCUACUCAGCAACCUGCUGCUGUGCCGGAGACCAGUCUGCUGGACAGCACCACGGACAGCUUGAUAGACAGCGAAGUGCCUGGGACAUCUGUCCUACUUCCUUCCCCAUUGAAGCCUGAGGUGGCCAACUACAGGGGUUUCUCGAACUUCGAUAUCCCCAGCAUCUCCUGCAACACGGGGGACUUUAGUUCGUUGGGUCAUGAAGGCGCCGAGCCACCCAAGUAAUUGAACAUCCCGCACGUACCCGAAUGUAAAUAGAGAUAAGUGAUAUAUUGUAGUUAGCCCAUCGCUUCUAUUCUAACGUUUGCACAUAUUUAUUUUUACAAUAUCUAACUAGCUUUACAAAAAGGACGUUUAAAUAAAUGCAAUUAAAUGCCAGUCAUGUA